UCACAGAGGACCGUGUCAGUCUCUUCCCGUUAUCCGUCUAUUCCCACAGACCAGACCUAAAGGUCGUCUAAAACGGCCCCGCGUCAUCAUUCCCCCUCUCUCUCCCCUCGUGAUCGUAUCCCGAGGAACCCGGGACCUCCAGUCGGAGUCGCGAUCCUCAACCGUCCUGAUUGAUCGCUCGAUCAUGAGAGUCCGUCAUCGUGUCCUCGCCGACAUCGCUCGUUACUUUCGUGAUGUUGACGUGAUCUCGUGAAGGAAGAUACUUUGUGAUACCGAUGUGUCGUCGGAAGUGAUUCUCAGGAAUCCAAGAUCGCUCUCUCUUCCCCUCUCCCUCUUUGGAGAAUCCAGGACUUCCAGGCGAGUGACCGAUGAACGGUCUCGAUCUGUCCCGGUCCGUCGUGGAUUACAGGAUGACCGGAAGCAGCGACGAAGGCGAGUCGACGUCGGGGGCGACAGGCGGGGGUGGCGAGAACGCGGAAAUGGAGGAAAACGGAUCGACUCGCACGAGCAGCAAUAGCAGCAGCAAUAAUCCCGUUUACCGGGAUCUGAAGCCACUACAGACCGGCGGCGUGCACGAAGUCCCGCAGGAUUACAAUCUGAGGAGCGGCGGCUAUCAGCAACGCGAUUACUUACCGGGGAUGAAACGACAGCGCGGUUACGACAAGGAGCAUCAGCCGUCGCCGUCUUCCAGGGAGGAGGAGGGAAAAUCGGCCUGGGACUACGAGAAGAAGGCGCGGACGGAGUACACGAGGUCGUCGCGGGAUUACAACGAAUACCAGGAUACGAUAAAGCAGGAACCCAAGGAUCACCCUAGUCGGGAAUGGGUGUCACCAGUUCCGGAGGUCGAGGUCGGCGGAUCGGCGCCCGGUGGACCGUACGUUCGCGCACGCAAAGACAUCCCUCGUGGCGCGAGAUUCGGCCCGUUCCUCGGCAAAUGGGCGAGCGAGCCUUUCAACCCCCGUUACGCGUGGGAGGUGCGCAUAGCAGGUAGCGGAGUGCGAGGCUGGUUGGAUGCAUCUCACGAGACGAAUAAUUGGCUGAAGUUCGUCAGAAGCACCACUAGUCCGCACGCGGUGAAUAUGCGUCACGUGCUGAUCGGUGGACAGAUGGUGUACGAAGCUGUGCGGGACAUUGUGAUGGGCGAAGAGCUUCUUCUGGGUCUUCGUGAGCCACUUCAGCUGCAAGAUAUGUUGGGCGAAAACACGACCGAGGACAGGAGCGAUCGAGAGACCGCCUCGCAGCACAGCGGAACCGUCGACGAGGACAAGGAGGAUGAGGAGGAAGGAGAAACGAGAUGCACCGUCUGUGACAAGCCGUUCCAAGAUAUCGAAUUGUUGGACAGCCAUCUGGUAACUUGUCACAGAUAUCCGGCAGAACAGCAUCGUUGCGACAGCUGUCCACGUGCCUACGCUUGGCGGCCUCUUCUGGUACGACAUCGUGCCAUCGUUCACGGCGAUCUUCGAAACUAUCCCUGCGAGAACUGUCCGAAGUCGAACAUCCGGCAGGUCUUUACGGACCCAUCGAACCUCCAACGUCACAUCCGGACGCAUCACGUGGGCGCCAGGAGUCACGCCUGCACGGAGUGCGGAAAAACCUUCGCGACCAGUUCCGGCCUGAAACAGCACACGCAUAUCCACAGUAGCGUGAAGCCCUUUCAGUGCGAGGUCUGCUUCAAGGCGUACACUCAGUUCUCAAAUUUAUGCCGGCACAAACGCAUGCACGCCGACUGCCGCAUGCAGAUCAAGUGCGUUAAAUGCGGACAGUCGUUCAGUACGGUGACGUCAUUGUCGAAGCACAAGCGAUUCUGCGACUCCACGACACCGACCGGCCCGCCCGGAACGAUGCCACAGCUACCGACACCGGCGACGAGUCCCUUCCUCAUGUAUUCACGACCCCCGAUGAGCCUGCCGGGCGGUUUGCCCUUCUAUCCGCCCGGUCUGAUAAGUCAAGUUCCUUAUCCGGGACUCUUUCAGACCAGUCACAGCUUUUUGAAUUCAGCAUCUCUGCUGUUCCCACCGAAGAUCGAAGAAGCCGAGAAGAGAAGCGACAGUCCGAAAAAGGAACGUUUCACUCCUCCGAGAGUGCUGCCGCAGCACAACAAAGUCUCCCCUUCCACGGCGGAGGAAGCUACCUCUACCUUCAGGCCGUCUCCGGCUAGACCGCCGAUUCAACCAACUCCGGAGAGCGACGACGACCGACAUGCAAAGAGAAGAAAAAUGGAGGCCGAGAGCACUUCGAGUGGUUCGAAGGAGGAGACGAGCGAACAACCGCUGGAUUUGAGGGUGCAGACCAAGAAGCAGGAAUCCACUUCGAAGGUUUCGAGCAGGAAGAGCCACAGUCCGUCGCCGGCGCCAGUUCCGAUCGAGCAGACACCCGCACCUCCCGAUCCCCCGAAAGUGGAAGAGGAUCCCGCUCCGCCGAUAGAAAUCGAUUCCAAGGACGUUCCUAGUAGUCCACAGUUGAGGACCAGUUUGCCCACCGAACAACCACUGACCAAUACGCCGCCGCACAUGGCUUACCCCAGACCGAUACACCCGAUGUUCCUCGACACGAUGUAUCGCGGACCAGCGACAACUUUUCCAGGAUUUCCCAACGCGCCACCACCUCCCAGCGGGGCAACACCGGAAUCCAGACUGAUACCUCCGCCACUGUUCGGCCCACCACCGCGCGGACUUCCUUUUUUAGGCUCGCUUAUGAACGGGCUCAGCGGCGCUAGGCCAGGAGGAGGAUUCGAUCUGCUUGCCCGGCCGCCGCUGAGCGCGUUCCCCGGCGUGAAGCCGUUCCAGGAGGCCGUAAUGGCGCCUCAUCAUCCGCACCAUCACCAUCAUCAUCAUCACCACUUGCACGGCAAGAUGAAGGACCGCUAUUCCUGCAAGUUCUGCGGCAAGGUGUUUCCCCGCUCGGCUAAUCUGACGCGGCAUCUGCGCACGCACACCGGCGAACAGCCGUACAAGUGUAAGUACUGCGAGAGAUCGUUCAGCAUCUCGAGCAAUCUGCAGAGACACGUGAGAAACAUUCAUGACAAGCAGCGACCGUUCAAGUGUCCGCUUUGCGAAAGAUGUUUCGGCCAGCAGACCAAUCUGGAUCGACAUUUGAAGAAGCACGAGGCCGACGACGGCAGCGGUGUGGUCUCGGUCGCGGACUCGCCCGGCAGCAGCAACGAGAACGAGCGCGAGGACAGCUACUUCGAGGAGAUCCGAUCGUUCAUGGGCAAGGUGACUUACAGCGGCGAGAGCGGAUACGGACUGCCGCAUCAUCCCGCCUACAUUCCUGGACGGUUGCACGAGAUGAACGAGUCCAAGAUGGAGGUCGAGUACGACGAGGACGAGGACAGUGAGGAGGGUGCGUCGCCGGUUGAGGAAACGGACGGUAUGUCACCGAUCGAGGCCAAGGAGUCGCCGUCGCCCUCGCAGUACGAUGAAAAUCUGAAGCUAAGAGAGAAGAUCUCUCAGGUGUUGCUCAAUAACAACACUCCCGAGCCGGUGAUCGAAAUCUCGACAUAGCCCAGAGGUCAGUCCGGGUGAUUCGUGCGGUCGCUUCGAUGAGCGAGGAUAUCCCGUUCACACACUAAUGUACAGAAUUGUCGCGACGUUCGGCAAAAUCUCAAUCUCAAUCGGCGUUUACCUCGAGAGUAACACGCCGGCGCGAGAUUUAUUUAGUUUUUAGGUUUUACGGUCCGUGUAUACUUCGAACCUCAGCAGAGAAUCACAUAUCCGACCUUUUGCUUCCACAAAAGCGAACUUCGAGUAUAAUCGGGUUGCUCUUCUCGUAUAAACGUUUAUUGCAAAUCCACGAAAGACAGCGAUAAUAGUAAUAAUUAUUAAUUACAUGUCAUGUGUAUUUAUCCCGAAAGUCUGCAAGAGAUAAUCAGAAGA